UCACGCCCAUUUUCACACCAUUCGGUCGGAAGAACCCAUUCAAAGCACAAGUCUCGCUCCUCGCUAAGCCAAGAUAGCAGAAGGACUGUUGGGUCGGUUACCAAAGUGCCGGUGUUUGUUGUAGCAUCAGACGGAUCCACCAGGAGGGAAAGUUGAAACCGGCUCUUCAACCCCAAUUCGUUCACCUCUGGUUUUUCGGUUAUUCAUUGCACUUUGUGUUGUGUACUUUUUUUUUUAAUUCGGUACGCGCCUCGAGUUAGACAACCAGUUGCGGUGCGGUGUUCGCGUGUCCAGAGCAAAUAUCCGAGAGAUGGUGUUAGCCGAUGGGAAAUCGGUUUGCAGUGAAAGUUAUUCCUUCGAUUUUUUUAACGCCGAUUUCGCCAAGUGGAACAUCUAGAUAAGGGUCAUUAGCAACAAAGUUUUUCCCGUUACCGAUAGUGUCAGUGAUUUCGGAUGUGAUAACGAAAAUUGUGCAAGCAAGUUAAGUCUCUGUCCCGAAUACUACGGUGUGUAACGGUUUGCAUACAUCCAGGAGGGAGACGAUUCGAAAUGCGUUCUAAUCAAUCGUUCCAUUUUAUUGAAGUGAUAGGCAAUACCCGUAAAACAAAAGCAAUGAAAAUGGAAAAUUUGUUGCUCCAGGGCAGGCCAAGUGUCUAGAAGGUGCAAAAUUUACGAUCCGUUUUAUUUAGGGUCGCACCGUUGUUCCAGACUUGCAGACAAAAAGUGUCGACUGGCAGGUGGUGCGAAUUGAUGGUGCUGGCGUAUUUUUAGAUAAUUGAAGGCAAAUAAACAAAAAUCGCAGCGGAAAAAUGUCGAAGCUGAAACUUGUCGGCGGAAGGCCAAUCACCAUGGAUGAGGCUGUUGAGUUACGCCAAACAGUAUUCGGUUCAGCCGCCAGUCCUCCCCGAGGCGAAUGGACCCGUACCGGAAUCAACUUCGGUGCCGCAAACGGAGUACGCCAUCCGACAACACUUUUUGAAUAUCCCUACGGACUGCGGACGCCUCGCAAUGCCACCCGGGGAAUGCAAUCGGUGCUGCAGGCAUUCAUCAUCAAGCAUUUCAUAUUCGAUGUUAAGCCUAGAGAUAAGUCUGUGCCACUUGAGGAACUACUGAAGCCUACCGAGGCUGAACAGGCACAAGCUCUAUAUCUAGCUAUCUCGGAUAUCCUAUGGAACAUUGGUGAAAAAACCAAGGCGAUUUUCGCUCUACCGGGUGAAGCAUCGCACAUUCCGCACAGCCACGUGUACUUCCAGGAUAACGUUACGGAGAAGCUGUUCUUCUUCGAGUUCACCACGCUGGAUGAGAUGCAGAUCUUCGCCAAGCGUUACCUGCCCUACUUCACCGAGAACCCGGGACCGGGGGCCCUACUGCUACUGUACAGCGCCGUUGUGACGCGUGGCAUGGAAAAUCUUAGAAAUGAUUUAGACGCACCAAAGGGAGCACAUUUAAUGGGUCCGUAUGAAGAAGGAUCACUAAAUAUAGUCACUUUGUUGCUGACAGGCCGUGCCACGCCGUACUUACACAAUGGUGUUGUAUACGUUGGCGAUGAGGAUCACUACGCCCUACCGCAGUUCGGCAUCCUGGGCCGCGGAUCGAUCGGCUUGCUGAUCUGGGAAGGUGAGAACGAAGCCAUGCGCUCGGCGUCCCGUCAGCCCGGAUCGCGUCUGAAAACACCGGCCACUCCAGUCUGGGUCAGCUGCUGUUGCGGUCACUUUGGGGUGUUGUUCAACUCGAACCGGGAACUGCUACGGAACUAUCACGCCGAAAAACGAUUCGAGCUGCACUACUACACGCUGGCCGGGUGCUACCUAUCGAUGACGGUGGACAACCGCCAGCAGGAGGAGGGGGCUGACGACGGCCAGGAGGACGGCGAACGGAAGCAGAACGACAUGGUAUCGACGCCGCUGGAGCGCUUGAUCCACACCAAGUGGAUGGAGGCCAAGAUUACUUAUCAUGGACCUCUGCCGGCGUCGUUGAAUUUCUAAAUUUCUUUUGAAAGGUCUUAAUGCUAAAGAAGUCACACCGGAGGUUAAUACACGUAGGUAAUUUUUGGAAGAACGUUGAUCAUCAUCGGUCAGUUGCGGUCAAUUCUGUGAUAAACAGGGUUUUAGAGAUAAAGUUUGCAUCAUUCCAUUACAGAUUUUACUACAAAUGCUUUUUAGAAACAGGAAAGAGUAACGCCACAAAACAAAUAUGACAAAUGGCACGAUAAACAUAAGAAGCAAAGCAUUGUACGAGCUUAUUAAUAUUGAUGUGAUAUACGUAAAAAAAAAGAAGCAAUGUAUGUCUGUCCGCCUUGAUUCACUGGAGAGUACAAAACUUGAAUAGUCUCAAUAAAGUUUGCAAGUGUUCUAAAUAUGUA